AGGAACCAUGGAUGUAUUUUAUUAACGUCAGGAACCGGCUCGGUAUUUGUUCCCCGCGUCGCGGUUGAACUUGGAACCGGAAGCUGCGCGUCGAUCCUCGGUCCAACUUGACGGUGACCGGCGGAGGAAAAAGCGGAGCGAGCAGAGCCAAACAUGGCGACUCCGGGCAACCCGCGGAAAUUCAGCGAGAAGAUCGCCCUGCACACCCAGAAACAGGCCGAGGAGACGGCGGCCUUCGAGGAGGUGAUGAAGGAGCUGAGCAUCAGCCGCGCGGCCAGGUUGCAGAAGACCCGAUACCUGCAGCUGGGCCCGAACCGUGGCCAGUACUAUGGAGGCUCUUUGCCAAACGUUAAUCAGGUUGGAAAAAGCAGUGCUGAUGUGCCUUUUCAGAAUUCAGGACUGGACACAAACAGAUCGACACGACACCACGGAUUAGUGGAACGAGUCUAUCGGGACAGGAACCGCAUCUCAUCAGCCAAUCAAAAACCUCUGUCUGUCGACAAACAUGGACGCCAGAUUGACAGCUGCCCAUAUGGCUCGGUUUAUCUGUCGCCACCACCCGAUACGAGCUGGCGAAGGACCAACUCUGACUCGGCACUGCAUCAGAGCACACUAACUCCUGCCCAGCAAGCUGCUUUCACCGGAGGGUCUCAGGAGCUCCAGCCAAAACGAGUCCUCUUACUCAGUGUACCAGGUUCUGAAGCAGUUGAACAAGACGCGGAUGAAGAUGGACAAACACACAACUGGGACUGCGAAAAGAACAUGGAACCCUGUCACGUCCCUGGGAUCCACAUCUUGUUCCCAACGCUGGACCAGCAAUCCACCAAUUCUCUGAAGCCAGCAGCCCACAGCAGCGGCGGCUCCCUCCCCGACCUGACCAAUAUCCAGUUCCCUCCUCCGCUGCCCACACCGCUCGACUCAGACGAUGCAGCCACCGCCUCAUUUAGCUCCUCCAGCGGUGCACAGACUCCAGGAGUGAACACCUCUCAGCCCACAGUAACCAUGGAAAUGCAGCCUGGGCAGGACAGCAUGGUUUCUCUCAUCCUGAAUGCAGAAGACUCUCACCAGCAGCAUAACUUACAGCUUACUCCAACAUCCCCACCACUCUCUCUUCCUCAGCUGCUGCACUCUCCUCAGGCGGCUAUCAACGCCAUGAACCUUGAACAACAGCUGGCCCAGUACGCCUUCCUCAACCAGCAGUCGUCAUUCCAGAACCAGCAGAACCAGCAACAGGCAGGUCUGGUCCAGCUGCCCUCCUCCCUGAACUCGUGCUCCAUGUCAGACAGCCAGAUGUCCUCACAAACCAGCAUGGCCAUGGACAUGAACACGGCGUCCUCCCUGCAACAGUACCGCAGUAGGGUUGGAUCCUCGGCCAAUCAGUCUCCAACGUCUCCCGUCUCCAAUCAAGGGUUCUCACCUGGUACCUCGCCUCAGCAUAACUCCAUGCUGGGCAGCGUGUUUGCAGACUUCUAUGACCAGCAGCUGCCCUCCAUUCAGGCCAGCGCUCUUUCACAGCAGUUGGAGCAGUUCAACAUGAUUGAGGCCCCCAUCAGUUCUGACAGCCUGUACAGCCAGACCUCCACACUCAACUACUCCCAGGCACUGAUGAUGGGUUUGACUGGCCAUUGCAACCUCCAGGACUCCCAGCAACUUGGAUGCAGGAGCCAUGGCAACAUCCCCAACAUCAUUCUCACAGUGAGCGGAGAGUCGCCGCCCAGCCUGCCAAAGGACUUGAGUUCACUCCCCACGGACCUCAGCUUUGAUGUGGACUCCCAGUUCCCUCUUGACGAUUUGAAAAUUGACCCAUUAACACUUGACGGCCUCCACAUGCUGAAUGACCCGGACAUGAUCCUCGCUGACCCGGCGACAGAGGACGCGUUUCGCCUCGAUCGCCUGUAAACUAUUCUCCACAUGCUCAUGCAGAGGUAAUUUUUCUACAGUUAUAAAACAUAUUCUAAUGAGAAGAACAAAGAAAAUGUUUUUGAAGACUGGUGCGGCUUCCCUUUUACACGUCGAUGUAGGAAAUGAAUGAAUCAUGUUUCUGCUUUUGAAGAUGUCGCAUCCAGUUUUGAUUUAUUUUAGAAGUAUUAUUUGAAAAGGCUUAAAUAAGGGCAGAGACAACCUGAUAUUUUAUACUCAACAGGUGACAUUAGACAUGUCUGUUAACAAAAGGCGGUUUAAUAACUUAGAGGAAACACUGGAAGUUUUACCUCUGUACCAGAUUGUGCAAAGAGUGGUUAUUAAUUGUAUGUGAUUUAUCUGGAUAGUUUGUAAUAUAUGCCCCAAUGAGGCAGGUGAAUUAUUUUGAAACCUAAUUUAUUUUUAGGAAAUGCUGACUUUUGAUUUUAAUCAUAAGAAAUAGGCAUCGUCAGUUAUGCAUGAAAUCAUAAAUCACUGUGGAUAAAUGCUUUGCCUUAAUUGUUUGACGGUUUGGUUUUCAUGCAAAGAAAAAUAGGACGUACACAGGGGAGAAAAAGAUAAAUUAACAAGUAAAGACUUGCAGUUUGUUUAACCGACAUAAUUCACCAUUGUUUUACCAUCUGUGUUUUCAUAUUUACUCAUCAAACCUUAGUAGGAUAAGUGAUGUCUGUGUUAUGGAGAUAAUUGUUUACAGGCAUGUUUUGUUCUAUAUGUACAGAAUGUGGUCAAAUUUUGCAUUUCGAUAUCUAUGCAAAACAACAUAUAUGAAUAUGUGUAUGAACUGAGGUAGGUUUAUGAG